UCUCCCUCCGCGCGUUGAGAUUCUCUCAAAGUGUCAAAGAAGGCAUGGUUCACGCCAAACCAGAGGAAGAAGCCCAGAAGAUGGACGGAGAAAGGAAAAGGGUUUGCUCCGAUGCCGAUUCCGGUGGCGAUAAUCGUUACGAUGGUUGUGGAAGAUCGGGAUUGUGGGAAGGAUUGGACCCGGAGAUACUGGCUUUGAUUUUCGUUAGAAUCCCAGCAGAGCAAUUGGUUGGGGAGGUCCAACUCGUCUGCAAAUCGUGGCGAGAAGCCAUCGCCGGUCCUUACUGUUGGACCAACAUUGAUGUUGAACAAUGGUGCCGCCGGUGCAGCAACACCGAUGUUAGCGAUUGUUUAGUUCGCCGCCUCGUCCGUCGUAGCAGAGGAACUGUUCGACUCCUCUCUGCUUACAAGCUUGGCGACUCUGGUUUCUCUUACGUCGCCAACUGUGGGAGAUACUUGAAGGUAUUGAAGAUUCCAAUGAGCGAGGUGACCGACAGAAUAGUGGAGAAACACGCUGAGUCGCUUUCAAAAGUGGUGUUCUUGGAUAUCAGUUACUGUUUGAAGAUCACUUGCAAAGGUCUUGCUGCUUUGGGGAUGCACUGCAAGUCUUUGGUUCAUUUGAGGAGGAACAUGCCGCCUCCGGAGCUACAGUGGCCCGCACAAGUGGCUUCGCAGGUAGACGACGAGGAGGCCAUGGUUAUUGCGGAUACAAUGCCAGGGCUCUGUGAACUUGAGCUUGGAUAUGGCCGCUUCGGCGAUUGCGGUCUUGAUGCCAUCCUGACCAAAUGUCAGUCCCUCACUCACCUCGACAUUCUUGGGUGCUGGAGUGUGAAAUUGGAAGGCGAUCUUGAGGAGAAAUGCCAAAGUCUCGCAUUCUUCAAGAGCCCUUGGGAUGCCAAUGAUGAUUUAUCAGUAUCCGAAGAUGGUAGUGAUGCUGAAGAGGAUGCCUCAGUAUUCUCACCUUCGGACUCAGAACAGAGUGAUGCAUAGUUUACCCGUUGGUCAUCUCCUUUUUGUCUUUUGACUUUUGGUAAAUUGGACUCAGAACAGAGUGAUGCACAGCUUACCCGUUCCUCAUCUCCUUUUGGUCUUUUGACUUUUUCUGAAUGGGACUGGAUACCUAUCCCUGCUCUGAUGAGGUUUUAGUUCUUGGAUUACAUACUGUUCUUUGUUUGAUUUUGCUUUCUUUUGGUGAUGGUGGGGGUAUCUGAUAAAUACUGAAGGUAUGCCAAAGGUGUAUGGUAGUUGCAUGUAGAACAUGUUUUGUUUAAUCUUUUUGGAAGAUGUCAAGAACCAAGCGCCCAUUCAAGUUUC